AACGCAACUUGAGUCGGCUCUGGCCGUCCGAGACACUUAGCACUUGUUUACUUUAAAAAAAAAAAAAAAAAGAAAAAAAAGAAAAGAAACUAUGACACACUAAAUAGGUUAUUACAUCAUACAAGUUUCAAAUGGCUUAUUUCAUCUGCUUGUGGGGAGGUUUAUAGAUGCAAUUCUGAUUCGUUGUAUACAAUUUCUGUGUUUUAUAUGGAUAGUAGUCUACUGCUUUUGCAUUUUUUUAUAUAUCAGCACUGUAUGCUACCUAUUCUUUUUUCUCCAGUCAUUGGAUUUGGCUCUUUUAAAAGAUUCAGGCUUGUCAUUCACACAAGAACACAGCAUUUUCAGAAAAGAAUAGAAAAUUAUGUCGUAUCCAUUUUGGAUUUGGCAAUAACUCUUUAUUUUAACACAGUUUAAUGAUAAUCGUUAUGUUUCUAUAGUACUGUUAACCAACCAGGAAAGGUUUCUCAUUUUUCUAGGCAGUAUACAGAGUAGCAGAUCAAUGGGGCCUCAUAGAUCUUACAGUCUAAACAGAUAGGCGAAUAGAUGGGGGAAGAGAUUUAACACAUAAGAAAAGUAAACAAUGUGUUGGCAGCAGAUGACAUGUUAAUUCUGCAGGCUUUGUUUCUGUUUUUUGGAUUUUUUUUGCUGGGUCUGGUUAGGUGGUCAUAAAUUAAGCUGAAUGGGAAAAGUGAAGGGAGAGCCCAAUAUGGAAGAAAAGAAGCCAGUGGGGAAAUGGCAGAAGAGGAGAAAAAAUCAAGAUGAUGCAUCUUGUCCUCAUUAGAGAACUCUUUCUGUUCUGCAGGUGCUUUUCGUGGCAGUUAACUGCUGGUGGAACCAGGGGAAAUGCAGGAAACAAAAACACUUCUUUUAUUUUCCUGUGAUAUAUUUGUACCAUCGGAGGUAAGUUAUGCAAGUGCAAUUAGUUUGGAUUCUAAAUUGCUUUGGUAGAUGGCGAUACUGUUUAAAUAAAAAUGUAUUAGAAGUGUCAUGCUUGCAGCUUGUUAUGCACUGGUAAGAGAAGAGAUUCAUCCCUGGCCAGAUAGCUAGCUCUAGGCUUCUGUACCACUUCAAUUCUCUUUAUAAUCCUCAUAGAUGUAAGGGCAUAAAUGGGGCAGAGGUCUAAUGCUGGCAGGCCCUCUUCAGAGAUGUGUACUUCAUUUUCUUAAUUAGUUACUUAGACCUAAUCCUGUCCAUUUCUUUGUCUUUAAACAAAAUUCUGGUUAUUUUUUAAUUAAUGGGAGGUUUGACUCUGAUGAGGAUCAGAGAAUUUGGACUUGCAUGAUUAUUUGUGUUUUUAAUAUUUUGUGUUUUCUACAAAGGUGGUUUGUAUUACAUGGUCCCAAUUCACAUUGCAUCAUGUGCAUCACAUAGUCCCCUUGUUUAUGCUAAUCUUUAAAUAUAUACUUAAGGCAGCAGUGGGUGCCUGGGACACUAGCUCUGGGCAGCUACUCAGAAGGGGCACAAGAACGGCAGAUGCUGUUGCUGCUGCCCCAGCUGCUUAUGGUGCGGACUCUGGUAUGCUUCUGGCUUAAGAACCAUUGAAGCUAAUUGGAUUUAAGCAGGUGCUUAAGUCUGUUUGUGCAUUGGGACUAUACCAGUGUGUGUAAUGUGCAGAAGUUGAGGAUCUUUCUAUAUCUUUUUUUUUAAAUUUGAAAACAGGAUAUUGAACACAGCUUCUGCUCAGUACAUGGGAGGUAGAUGCUGUGCAGUCUCCCAUGUGUGUUUAUGCCUGUGACUCUUUAAAAACCUGCACCAUUUCUCCUAGUCCUGCAUUUCUUCUGAGGGUGGCUGCCUAAUCUUCUUAGAUUGUGCAACACUGGAAUGGGGUUGUAGGUUUGGGAUGUGCACAUAUGUUUACUAAUCUUUCCAAUUAGCUAACAUUUUCGACUAGUCUAGAUAUGGAAAUUGCACUGAUGAUUUAAAUAGAUAUAUAACCAAUACAAUGAUUUCAAUGAAAAAUCUUGUAGGGAAGUACAUCAGUUUAAAACUGUUUCUUUAGUCUGUAAAUUUGUCAACACAAACAAGUUAUAAAAAAAUACAAUUUAAGCUGAUGGAGUGACCACAUACAAAGUUGUGCCUAAAUAAUAGAAGGUGAGAAUUGUAACUAAUAUAAUUAUUCCAGUUUGUCUGAAUUCAGGCCAGCUCAAAUUCUGUCUGAGCUCAGACAUAUGUUUCCCCAACAUGAUUCCUAUUCAUGUAGUAUUUCUUCUUUCUUUUAAGCUUUCUUUUAAUCUAAAAUGUUUGUAUUUAUAAACAAACAGAAAAUCCACAUCAGUUUGCAAGUUGUUCUUGAAUGAUAUAUUUGAAUUAUUUAGGCCAUGUAGAGGAGAAAUGCUUCCCCCAACUCAUGAGACAUUAAACCUCUAAUAUUGUGUACUGUGCAUGCAAAGUCAUAUUUUCCAUCUUUCUUUUUUUUUUUCUGACAUAAUUUUGUUCCUGGCUGUUGAUACAAUGCAUGUUGCUAACAAUCUAGAGAUUUGUAGUAAUACCAGAGUAUCAAAUGACAUGAUCCAGUGGUGUGGCUCUAGAGUAUUGAUUCAAUCUGUUUGAAUAGAUUGUAUUUUUAAGUGCAGAUUUAACGUUUCUCAUUGUAUUAUGUUUAUGUAUUAUAGAAAAUUGUUUUAAAAAAUGAAUCAAGGUUCUGACAAAUUUCUACAAUGGAAUGAAAAAAAAAAAAAGUAAAGAUUACACUACAUACUUUUAACUGGUAUCUCUCUACUGCAUCUAAUGCUUUUUUUUCUUUUGAGAAACUUAAUAUCAUAUGGCAAAAUAAAAUAAGUUGUUGUCAACUGACAGUUAACAAAGGUCACUUGUAAAAGCCUACUUAAUACCUUCUUCUUGCUAGGGUGAUAGACAAGUGCAAACGCUGCUACUCUAAAAGUUACUUUCUUCAGGGAUAUUUUUUCAGUUUUGGACCAAUUGAAUACAAAGGCCCUAUGAGUGCUGUUUAUAUUGAAAAGUUUGUUCGCCGGGUGAUGACACCACUUCUCUACAUCUCGUCUCGAUCAAAAUUACUAGAUUUCCUCUCAAAUUAUGAGCCUGGAGUUCUAGGAUAUUUUGAGUUCAAUGCUUCACCUCAGCCUCCUGGUUAUUUGACAUUCUUCACAUCAGCAUUACAUUCAUUAAAGAAAGAUUACCUUGGAACAAUACGCUUUGGAGUGAUCACGGAUAAACAGAUUGCAAAAGAGGUCUCAUUGAUGCAUUCAGGCACCGUGUACCUGCAUAGGCAUGUCAACAAUUCACUUAUCUAUCCCAGUGAAGUCAUGAAUUAUACAGCUGAAAACAUUUGCAAAUGGGCCCUAGAAAAUCGAGAGAUGCUCAUACGCUGGCUGAGACCACAUGGAGGAAAAAGCCUUCUACUAAACAAUGAACUAAAGAAAGGACCAGCACUUCUAUUGUUUAUACCCUUUAAUCCCUUGGCAGAAAGUAAUCCUCUUUUAGAUGAAAUAACCAAAGUGGCCUUGGAAUACAAAAAUUGUAACAAAAGCCAGGCACCUGAACCAGCUCAACACUUGAGAGAAUCUGAUUCGCCAGAUUUUGGAUCCGUUGUACCAGAUGCCCGCACAAAAUUGACAGAAACGUUCUCCAUAACAGAGUACCCAUGUUGUAACACAGUGGUGCUUCCUCAGUGGCAUUCGAUCUCUAGAACUCACAAUGUCUGUGAACUUUGCGUCAACCAGACAGUUGGGGUCAAGCCAAGUCAAGUCACUGUGCCACAGUGUAACUUUUUAGAGAUAGAAGCAGCUUUGAACUCUUUCUACCUCCAGGAACGUACUUUUUUUCAAGUUGCAUCAAAUACCAUAGAAUGCAGCAACUUCCUAAGUUUCUACAGUCCUUUCAGCUAUUAUACUGCAUGCUGCAGGACAGUAAAUAGGGGUCUGUUAAGUCUUGAUAAUUCCAAAAAGACCAUCUUUCAGAACCUCGAAGUAGCAUUUUCUUCCCAUGGGAAGAAAGGGAAGGAUGAUGCCCAAAGUUCUAUUCCUCACAUUGAGGAUAGGAAUUACUUUGUUCCUGACCUUCUUGUUAAUGGCACUAACAUUACUGGCCUGAGCUGCCGGACCAACAAGACCUUGAAUCUCUACCUACUGGAUUCCAAUUUGUUCUGGAAGUAUGCAGAGAGAUUAGGAGCCUCAAGAGCUGCUCGUGUUAAGGAAUUUGCUGCCAUUGUUGACCUGAAAGAAGAGACGCACUAUAUCCUGGAUCAGAAUCAAGCAGUCGUAAGAUCUACUCUAGAAAACUUCAUUCAAAACUUCAGCAUUAUCUAUAGUCCCUUAAAAAGACAUCUUGUUGGUGACUCUUCAGUCCAUUUUCACGUACAGCACGUAAUCACUGAAGUGACUACUAAUACCUUUCAUGAAGUGGUGCUCUUGAGUGAAAAGGAUGUCUUGCUACUCUAUUAUGCGCAAUGGUGUGGAUUCUGUGCUUCCCUUAACCACAUCUUUAUUCAGCUGGCUCGGUUUUUGCCUCCAGACAACUUCACUGUGGCAAGAAUUGAUGUCUCUCAAAAUGACCUCCCAUGGGAAUUUAUGACAGAUCGUCUCCCAACCAUUUUGUUAUUUCCUCAGAACAGGAAGGACCAAAGUGUGAAGUUUCCUGAAGAUUUUUCAGUUACCGUACCUAAUCUGCUUAAAUUCAUUUUACGUUACUCAAGCCAACCUUCAUCUGCAUCUGACUUGGAGUCCUGCACCAAAGAGUGUCUGCAGAAAGAAGAGGCAGCAUUACAACAAAGACGCAUCUCCCAUCUAGAGAGAGAGAUUGAGAAAUUAAGAUCAGAAGUCAGUGCCAUACACCAGACCCAUGAGCAGCUUGAAGCCCAGCUUUCAGAAUCCAGGGCAGAAGAACAUAGAUUACAACAGCAGAAACACACACUAGAAAGGCAACGUAAGACCCUCCAGCUUCACAGUGAGCAUUUACAGACCAUCUGUGAACAGAAGAACAAAGAAUUAGAAGAAAUGGCUGAAAAGCUUCAAGAAUUAGCAGAUGCAUCAGAAAACCUCCUUAAAGAGAAUGCUUUACUAAGAGUUUUGGUGGCAUCUAUGGAAAGGAAACUAGAGAAUAAAGAUGAAAAUAAGAAAUAUGUUCUCUCAGAGGAAAUGCUUUCCGAUGACAAUACUGGGACAAUUCCAACAGCUACUGACAGAUUACAUGACGAAAGAGUUGAUAUCAAUAUUGACACCAGAGUGACUGAGCAGAGUAAGGAGAACAGGACAGAAUAAUUACUUAUAAACUACAGGAAAAAAAAUCCACAAAUGACACUGUAUUGGGAAGGUAUUUAUGCAAAUUUUAUUGAAAUUUAUUGUAAAUAAAGAUUCCCCAUGGCCUAGAAAAAUCAAA